UCCUUCAGUAUCCAUGUUCCUUCUUCGUAUGAUAUAAACAGCGCAGCUCCUUUGAUCAUGGCUUUCCAUGGCCGCAGCGAGACCCCAGUCAAUAUCGAGAGAUAUUCCGACCUUUCUAGCGAAGUCUGGAACCCCUAUGGUAUCGUUGUAUACCCUCUCGGUUUUGGAAGAUACCCUCAGUGGCAAAGCGACCCGGACGCUGUUGAACAGACUCCCUAUGUGGAUGAUCAAACCUUCGUACAAGAUUUGCUUGUUCACAUGACAUCCAACUAUUGUAUCGACACCACUCGUAUCCUUGCUACAGGUUACUCCAAUGGCGGUGGUCUUGCAGGAAUCUUAGCCUGCAACUCUUCAUUAUCGAAUCAAUUCAGUGCUUUCGCGAUUAGUUCUGGCGCUCAGUACACGAACCUUACUUCUGCGAACUGCCCUCACAACAGCAGCGUCCCCUCUACCAUUCUCACCAACACUAUUUUGCAGCCCGUGUGCUCCCCCGGCAGACGUAAUGUUCCAAUGUUGGAGUUCCAUGGCGAUGCAGAUGGUACAGUGUCUUAUGACGGUGGUCCACGUCGCGGCUACUGCCUACCAACUAUUCCUCACUGGAUCUCUGACUGGUCAGUUCGCAAUGGUUAUUCCACUGCCAAUGUCGCCACGCCGCUAGCAGAUGGACAAGUGACUAGAUACGAGUAUGGCACGGCAAACAACCAGGGUAUCGUGACCCACUAUAAGAUUGCAGGCGGUAAACACGCUUGG